GUGCGGGCGGGAAAGAGAGACUGCAAGGGGGAGAGAGAGAGUGCGGGAGGGAGAGAGAGUGCAGAGCACAGUACAACGUAGACACUGGUGAACAGACACUGCGGAGAGAGAGAGACUGCGGAGAGAGAGAGACUGUGGAGAGAGAGAGACUGCGGACCUCAAUACAACAUGAACACUGCUGAAGAGACACCGGAGAGAGACACUGCGGAGAGAGAGACUGCGGAGAGAGAGAGACUGCGGAGAGAGAGAUACUGCGGAGAGAGAGAUACUGCGGAGAGAGAGAUACUGCGGAGAGAGAUACUGCGGAGAGAGAGACACUGCAGAGAGAGAGAUACUGCGGACCUCAAUACAACAUGAACACUGCUGAAGAGACACCGGAGAGAGACACUGCGGAGAGAGAGACUGCGGAGAGACAGAGAGAGAGACCGCGGAGCUCAGUAGGACAUGGACACUGUGCUGCAGAGACACUGCGGAGAGAGAGAGAGACUGCGGAGCUCAGUAGGACAUGGACACUGUGCUGCAGAGACACUGCGGAGAUAGAGAGAGAGACUGCGGAUCUCAGUAGGACAUGGACACUGUGCUGCAGAGACACUGCGGAGAGAGAGAGAGAGAGACUGCGGAGCUCAGUAGGACAUGGACACUGUGCUGCAGAGACACUGCGGAGAGAGAGAGAGACUGCGGAGCUCAGUAGGACAUGGACACUGUGCUGCAGAGACACUGCGGAGAGAGAGAGAGACUGCGCAGCUCAGUAGGACAUGGACACUGUGCUGCAGAGACACUGCGGAGAGAGAGAGAGACUGCGGAGCUCAGUAGGACAUGGACACUGUGCUGCAGAGACACUGCGGAGAGAGAGAGAGACUGCGGAGCUCAGUAGGACAUGGACACUGUGCUGCAGAGACACUGCGGAGAUAGAGAGAGAGACUGCGGAUCUCAGUAGGACAUGGACACUGUGCUGCAGAGACACUGCGGAGAGAGAGAGAGAGAGACUGCGGAGCUCAGUAGGACAUGGACACUGUGCUGCAGAGACACUGCGGAGAGAGAGAGAGAGACUGCGGAGCUCAGUAGGACAUGGACACUGUGCUGCAGAGACACUGCGGAGAGAGAGAGAGACUGCGGAUCUCAGUAGGACAUGGACACCGUGCUGCAGACACUGCGGAGAGAGAGAGACUGCGGAGAGAGAGAGAGACUGCGGAGCUCAGUAGGACAUGAACACUGUGCUGCAGAGACACUGCGGAGAGAGAGAGAGAGACUGCGGAGCUCAGUAGGACAUGGACACUGUGCUGCAGACACUGCGGAGAGAGAGAGAGAGACUGCGGAGCUCAGUAGGACAUGGACACUGUGCUGCAGAGACACUGCGGAGAGAGAGAGAGAGACUGCGGAUCUCAGUAGGACAUGGACACUGUGCUGCAGAGACACUGCGGAGAGAGAGAGAGAGACUGCGGAGCUCAGUAGGACAUGGACACUGUGCUGCAGAGACACUGCGGAGAGAGAGAGAGAGACUGCGGAGCUCAGUAGGACAUGGACACUGUGCUGCAGAGACACUGCGGAGAGAGAGAGAGACUGCGGAGCUCAGUAGGACAUGGACACUGUGCUGCAGAGACACUGCGGAGAGAGAGAGAGAGACUGCGGAGCUCAGUAGGACAUGGACACUGUGCUGCAGAGACACUGCGGAGAGAGAGAGAGAGAGACUGCGGAGCUCAGUAGGACAUGGACACUGUGCUGAAGAGACACUGCGGAGAGAGAGAGAGAGACUGCGGAUCUCAGUAGGACAUGGACACUGUGCUGCAGAGACACUGCGGAGAGAGAGAGAGAGACUGCGGAUCUCAGUAGGACAUGGACACUGUGCUGCAGAGACACUGCGGAGAGAGAGAGAGACUGCAGAGAGAGAGAGACUGCGGAGAGAGAGACCGCGGAGCUCAGUAGGACAUGGACACUGUGCUGCAGAGACACUGCGGAGAGAGAGAGAGACUGCGGAGCUCAGUAGGACAUGGACACUGUGCUGCAGAGACACUGCGGAGAGAGAGAGAGAGAGACUGCGGAGCUCAGUAGGACAUGGACACUGUGCUGCAGAGACACUGCGGAGAGAGAGACCGCGGAGCUCAGUAGGACAUGGACACUGUGCUGAAGAGACACUGCGGAGAGAGAGAGAGAGACUGCGGAGCUCAGUAGGACAUGGACACUGUGCUGAAGAGACACUGCGGAGAGAGAGAGAGAGACUGCGGAGCUCAGUAGGACAUGGACACUGUGCUGAAGAGACACUGCGGAGAGAGAGAGAGAGACUGCGGAUCUCAGUAGGACAUGGACACUGUGCUGAAGAGACACUGCGGAGAGAGAGAGAGAGACUGCGGAUCUCAGUAGGACAUGGACACUGUGCUGCAGAGACACUGCGGAGAGAGAGAGAGAGACUGCGGAUCUCAGUAGGACAUGGACACUGUGCUGCAGAGACACUGCGGAGAGAGAGAGAGAGACUGCGGAGCUCAGUAGGACAUGGACACUGUGCUGCAGAGACACUGCGGAGAGAGAGAGAGACUGCGGAGCUCAGUAGGACAUGGACACUGUGCUGCAGAGACACUGCGGAGAGAGAGAGAGACUGCGGAGCUCAGUAGGACAUGGACACUGUGCUGCAGAGACACUGCGGAGAGAGAGAGAGACUGCGGAACUCAGUAGGACAUGGACACUGUGCUGCAGAGACACUGCGGAGAUAGAGAGAGAGACUGCGGAUCUCAGUAGGACAUGGACACUGUGCUGCAGAGACACUGCGGAGAGAGAGAGAGACUGCGGAGAGAGAGACCGCGGAGCUCAGUAGGACAUGGACACUGUGCUGCAGAGACACUGCGGAGAGAGAGAGAGACUGCGGAGAGAGAGACCGCGGAGCUCAGUAGGACAUGGACACUGUGCUGCAGAGACACUGCGGAGAGAGAGAGAGACUGCGGAGCUCAGUAGGACAUGGACACUGUGCUGCAGAGACACUGCGGAGAGAGAGAGAGACUGCGGAGCUCAGUAGGACAUGGACACUGUGCUGCAGAGACACUGCGGAGAGAGAGAGAGACUGCGGAGCUCAGUAGGACAUGGACACUGUGCUGAAGAGACACUGCGGAGAGAGAGAGAGACUGCGGAGCUCAGUAGGACAUGGACACUGUGCUGCAGAGACACUGCGGAGAGAGAGACCGCGGAGCUCAGUAGGACAUGGACACUGUGCUGCAGAGACACUGCGGAGAGAGAGAGAGACUGCGGAGAGAGAGACUGCGGAGAGAGAGACCGCGGAGAGAGAGAGAGAGACUGCGGAGCUCAGUAGGACAUGGACACUGUGCUGCAGAGACACUGCGGAGAGAGAGAGAGAGACUGCGGAUCUCAGUAGGACAUGGACACUGUGCUGCAGAGACACUGCGGAGAGAGAGAGAGACUGCGGAGCUCAGUAGGACAUGGACACUGUGCUGCAGAGACACUGCGGAGAGAGAGAGAGAGACUGCGGAGCUCAGUAGGACAUGGACACUGUGCUGCAGAGACACUGCGGAGAGAGAGAGAGAGACUGCGGAGCUCAGUAGGACAUGGACACUGUGCUGCAGAGACACUGCGGAGAGAGAGAGAGACUGCGGAACUCAGUAGGACAUGGACACUGUGCUGCAGAGACACUGCGGAGAGAGAGAGAGAGAGACUGCGGAGCUCAGUAGGACAUGGACACUGUGCUGCAGAGACACUGCGGAGAGAGAGAGAGAGACUGCGGAGCUCAGUAGGACAUGGACACUGUGCUGAAGAGACACAGUGGAGAGAGAGAGACUGCGGAGAGAGAGACUGCGGAUCUCAGUAGGACAUGGACACUGCUGAAGAGACACUGCGGAGAGACAGAGAGAGAAUGCGGAGCUCAGUAGGACAUGGACACUGUGCUGCAGAGAGACUGCGAAGAGAGAGAGACACUGCGGAGCUCAGUAGGACAUGGACACUGCUGAAGAGACACUGCGGAGAGAGACUGCGGAGCUCAGUAGGACAUGGACACUGCUGCAGAGACACUGCGGAGAGAGAGAGAGAGACUGCGGAGCUCAGUAGGACAUGGACACUGCUGAAGAGACACUGCGGAGAGACAGAGAGAGAGAAUGCGGAGCUCAGUAGGACAUGGACACUGCUGAAGAGACACUGCGGAGAGACAGAGAGAGAGAAUGCGGAGCUCAGUAGGACAUGGACACUGUGCUGAAGAGACACAGUGGAGAGAGAGAGACUGCGGAGAGAGACUGCGGAGCUCAGUAGGACAUGGACACUGCUGAAGAGACACUGCGGAGAGAGAGAGAGAGACUGCGGAGAGAGAGACUGCGGAACUCAGUAGGACAUGGACACUGUGCUGCAGAGACACUGCGGAGAGAGAGAGAGAGACUGCGGAGAGAGGGAGAGACACUGCGGAGAGAGAGAGGGAGACUGGCGAUCGAGAGACUGUGGAUCUCAGUACAACAUGGACCCUGUGCUGCAGACACUGCUGGAACAAAGAGAGAGAGAGAGGCUGCGGAGAGAGAGAGAGGCUGCGGAGCAUCAGUAGGACAUGGACUCUUCCCCUUCUGCCCACUGUGUAGGGUCUUUAAUCCUGGAUCAGGAUGUGACGCUCAGUCACUGUACAGCAGUGAAAGGCUAUCAUGAAACCGUGUAACCCGUACCCUCUCUCUGUCUCUGUCGCCCUCUCUCUCUUCAUAUAUAUAUGUGUAUAAAUAUAUAUAUAUUAGAAUAAAGCUUCCUGUUUCAA